AACUCCUCCUCCGUCUCUCCCGCCCCGCUGCCAGCCAGCCCGGCACCAUCAGUGGGUGGGUGGGUGUGGCCUGGUGGUUGCCUCCGCCCUCUCCCUCCCCCUCCACUCCCCAGCGGCGAUGGCGCCCGCGCUCCCGCACUGCUGAGCCCCCCCGCGCCCCGCCUUCCUUCCGCCCGCGCCGUGGUAGGCUGGCUGGCUGGUAGGUAGGUAGGCGGUCGCAGGCGGGUGGCUGGCUGCGGCGCGCAGCGGGCGAUCCGGGGCAGGAUCUCGGGGGCGCGGAUCUGCGCGCGCGGCCGGCGAUGGAGGACGGAGAUGCUGCCGCCGCCGCCGCGGCGGUGGAGAAUGGCGCGGUGGAAGCGGCGGAGGGCUACGUCGUCGUCACGGCGGCGGCUGACGGGGAGCCCGCCGGCGAUCGGGAGGAUCACUCCGCCGUGCAAGAGGCGGCGGAGGGCGGAUCUGAGGCCGCCAGCGCGGCGGUACCGCUGGCCGAGGAUGCGGCGCCGGCAACGGCCAAGGCGCCGGCCAAGAAGGCUGGAUCCGGGGACGCCGCCGUGGCGCGGAAGGGGAAGCUGCCCAACGGCAGGGUGCCCGCCGCCGCGGCCAAGGGGAAGAAGCCCGGGGUCCUCUCGCAGAGUGCCUCGUUCCCGGCGCGGGGGCCGAGCGGCGGCGCCAAGAAGGCCGCGGCCGCAGCGGCGGUGGCUACCACGCCCAAGCAAGCCAAGGCUGCCGUGGCCAACGGAUCAGAGGCGGCGUCAGGACGGGCAGCGGAGAAGAAGGCGAAUUCGGCACGAACGCCUGUUGUCGCUCGCCGGGCGAUGCCCGUCAAGUCUGGAUCAGUGGAUGCGGCCGCGCCAAAUGAUGCAACUCCUGCAGUCCAAGAGUCACAUGAGAACACCGCCAAACCAUUGAAACAAGUGCAGCCAGGAAAAACAGAGGACGAUGUGCGCUCCACCACAUCAAGUACCAAUACUCCCCGUGCAGCAGCUCGCAAGAUUGCCGCCGCUGCCUUCAGUUUCAGAUUGGAGCAGCGUGCUGAGAAGCGAAAGGAGUUCUUCCAAAAGCUUGAAGAAAAAAUCCAUGCAAAGGAGCUUGAACAAACAAAUUUGCAGGAAAAAUCUAAGGAGAGUCAAGAAGCUGAGAUCAAACUGCUGAGGAAGAGCCUGACAUUUAAAGCUACACCUAUGCCAAGCUUUUACAAGGAGCAGCCACCUAAAGUUGAGCUGAAAAAGAUUCCCCCAACACGUGCGAGGUCACCAAAGCUUGGGCGGCACAAGCCAACCAAUUCUGCUACUGCUGCUUCUGCAGAUGGUUCUGUAUCAUGUGAGAGUCCACGGAGCACUGCAAAUUCUGCCAGGGUAAAUGAAGUUGCGGAAAACAACAAACCUCGGGCUCCUGCUAGAAAACCUGUCCAGAGAUCAGUCACGAAAACUACAUCCCAAGUGUCUGGGACUGCAAAGGCUGAACCAAGACCUAUGGUUACAAAACCAAAAACCUCAAACUCGAAAUCUAAGGUUUCAAGGGCAAAGGCUGCGCAAGUGCAAGACAACCCAGUUGAAGUCCCCCCUACACAACCUUCUGCUCCAGAAGAGCUCACUGUCGAACAUGGCGUUGGAGAAGCAACAGGACCUGAUCUGGCUGCCCCAUUGGUCGCUUCGAAUGAAGUCCCAGUCCAUGGUUGAUCGGGUCGUGCAUUUUGCCUAUUUAUUUCCUUCUUGCAGUUCUGUGAAUAGUCAGGGUGUGUGCUUCAUUGAAAGUUGAAUCUCUCAAAGUGUCGAGUCAUGGGGUUAUCGUUUCCUGAGUAGACAUCCAUUUUUUUCAGCUUGUCAUUGAGCAUGCCAUGUAUAUUGCUUGAUAUUUUGUUCAUGUUUACAUUUCCCAAUCUUGUGUAUAUUUGAUUUGUAUGUCGUUGGAUAUCCUAGGAUUGUUGCAAUACAUUAAUGCAACUUGUAGAUUCAUUUUGUGGUAUGAGGUCGUAUUACUUGGAAUUGUUUGCCCUUUUUCUGUAAUAAUUUUGUUGGCCUCUUGUUGGUUUUA